GGUUCUUCGCUGCGAAGAAAAUGGCGGCGGCGCCGAGCGGAGACGAGGAGAGAUUGGAAGAAAAAUGUGAGGACCAGAAUCUGCAGGGCCUCAAAGACAAGUCCCCGAAGGCCAAAAAGAUGAAGAAGGAGAAGCAGAGGGAAGCCGAGCCGGCCGAGGCGGGCAAGGCGGAGACGUCCGAAGGAGCUGGGGCUGCCCCCGCCGCCCCCGAGGCUUCGGCCUCUCCCAAGCAGCGGCGUUCCAUCAUCCGGGACCGCGGCCCCAUGUACGACGACCCCACGCUGCCCGAGGGUUGGACGCGCAAGCUGAAGCAGAGGAAGUCGGGCCGCUCGGCGGGAAAGUACGACGUCUACCUGAUCAACCCCCAGGGCAAGGCCUUCCGCUCCAAGGUGGAGCUUAUCGCUUACUUCGAAAAGGUAGGGGACACCUCCCUGGACCCCAACGAUUUCGACUUCACGGUGACGGGCCGGGGCAGCCCCUCGCGGCGAGAGCAGAGGCCCCCCAAGAAGGCCAAAGCCCAGAAGGGCCCCGGGACGGGGCGUGGGCGGGGCAGGCCCAAAGGCAGCGGCUCGGCCCGCCCCAAGGCGGCUGCCUCGGAGGGCGUGCAGGUCAAGCGGGUGAUCGAGAAGAGCUCCGGCAAGCUGCUGGUCAAGAUGCCAUUCCAGCCGGGGCCGCCGGGGGGCGCUGGAGGGGCGGGGGGCUCGGCCACCACCUCGGCGGCCCCGGGGGCAGCCGGGCGGCGGCCCGGGCGCAAGCGGAAGUCUGAGUCGGACCCCCAGACGCUGCCCAAGAAGCGGGGGCGCAAGCCAGGGGCGGCGGCGGGGCCCGUGGGGCCAGUGGUGGCAGAGGCCAAGAAGAAGGUGGUGAAGGAGCCGUCCUUCCAGGCCGUGCAGGAGACGGUGCUGCCCAUCAAGAAGCGCAAGACCCGCGAGGCCGUGGCCCUGGAGGUGGCCCCACCGCCCCCCGAGCGCAGCCCCAAGGGACCCCGUCCUGGGCGCCGGAGCAAGGAGAGCAGCCCCAAGGGGCGAGGGGGCAACGCCGCCCCCGCCUCCCCCUCCCCCAGCCGGAAGGAGUCACAGCCGCCGCCCCCCCCCGCACCGCCGCCCCCCGAGCCUCUGGCCCGGCCCCCCGCCAGCCCCAAGGACAGCGUGAGCCCCCCCGAGGCUCAGGACUUGAGCAGCAAGGGGCAGCCGGAGAGCGACGGCUGCCCCAAGGAGCCACCUAAGACUCAGCCGCCCGCUGUGCUCUACAAACACCGAGGGGAAGGGGAGCGCAAAGACGCUGUCUCCACCUCCUCCUCGGCGCCCCCGCCCGCCGCCCUGCCCCGGCCCAGCAGCAGAGACGAGGCGGUGGAUACCAGGACGCCUGUCUCGGAGCGCGUCAGCUGACUUUGGGCGGCCCACUGCUAGCGGGAUGGACGGACAGACAGACACACACACACACACACACCCCCCAAGACGAGAGGCAGCUGCUCCCGGGUAGGGCUCCGGCAAAGCACCUCCCCAGCCCCACGGCGCCCCCUGGCUUCCACCCCCCCUCCACUUCUCCCCCCUCCCCGUUUUUAAUACCAAGAAGCACAGUGAGGGGUGUGGACCCCCCGGGUUGGAAGCCACUUUGCACUUUUUCUAUGAGAGGGGUGCCCUUCCCCAGCUCCUUCCUCGAUGCUUUGCUGCGUAUACUACUGACCAGGCCAGCUGUUUGGGGGGGCUGCCCCCCCAGCUCCUGAACACCCCCACCGGGCGGGAUGAAGGGGGGGACCGUGUGUGUAGAUCCCCCUCUCCCUCUCCAGUGCCAUGUAACGUCGUCGUCUGUUCUUCAGUAUCGAUCCGUGUUCGUUUUGGUAGGGCCCACGUAGUGUGUGAGAGUGAGGGGGAACCAGCCCCUCUCCCCCAGACUCCGAACAAAGCGGGGGGCUCAGAGCCUGUUCCUCCCGCAGGGUGGGGGGGCCGAGGAACGACAACGUUCUUCCACUUCUUUCUCAACGUUACUAGCUUAGGAAACCAUUUGCACUAACCAGCCUUUGGCCGGCCGGGGGUGGGGGGGUCGUAUGUGAAACUACCUGUAACUCUUGGAUCGGUACCGGGGAGAGGGCAAAGCCCUGAGCAUCAGCGGGUUUAUAACGGGGCUGGUUCGGGAGAGGGAAAUCCAGGGCUCUCCAUUAAUACCUGCGCUUUCCCCCAGCCCCAGUGGCGUGGCUUGUACUGCCGGGCAGAGGGGAGCAGAUGGGAAGGGAAAACCUAGCUGAACCCCCCCCACCAAGGAGGGCUGUGCCUUUUUUUUUAAUGAUGGACACAAAGGGUUAAAAUGAAUUCCUCCCCCCUCCCCAAGGUGAGUGAAAUGGGGAGGGGCCGAUCCCCUCUGCUCAAAGCCCUGCGGCCAAGAGAGAAAUACAGCAGAAGCUGAUCUCUGUUCUGGGCAUAGCAGUGCGGUACAACUCCACCGGAUUGGAACCCGGCCCUCCCCAUUACAAUCAGGAGUGACUCCGCAGAAUCCAGCUCUGUCCCCAUUGCAAAUGGGAGUGACUCUGCAUUGACUGCAGGGGAGCUGAGAUCAGAACCCAGCCCGGCCUCAUUGCAAUCAGGAGUGACUCUGGACUGACCGCGGGGGAGCUAAAAUCAGAAUCCAGCCCUGUCCCUAUUGCAAUUGGGAGUGACUCUGGAUUGACCACAGGGAGCUAAGAUCAGAAUGUGGCCUUGCCCCCAUUACAAUCAAGGGUGACUCCAGACUGACUGCAGGGGAGCUGAGAUCAGAAUCUGGUCCUGCCCCCAUUGCAAUCGAGGGGACUCCAGAUUAACCCCGGUGGGAGCUAAAAUAAGAAUUGAGCCCUGCCCCAUUGCAAUCAGGAGUGACCAUGGCGGGAACUAAGAUCAGAAUGCGUCCCUGCCCCGUUGCAAACGGGGGUGAUUCCGGAUUCACCAUGGGGGAGCUGAUCUCAAUCCAUUCCAGAGAGUAACUAAAACUUCCACCCAUUUCUCCGCUUCUGCUCGCUGAGCUGGGUCCAGUUUCCCACCAAGGCUUUUCCGGGGGUGGCCAGACCUGACCCUGGGGCGAGGUGCCUCGAGUUUUGAUUUACAAACAAAUCCCCCCAAAGCCAGCAGAAAAAGACCUAAUUUCCAUGGUGUCCCCUGGUGCCCCCAGAUCCGGGGGGGGGGUCCCCAGGCACCACACCUGGGUCCCAUGCUAGGGCCGGCCGGAGGCUUUGAUGUGCUUGGUGGGUGGAAAGGGGGUCCCGAGGGUGAGCCCCCCGGGGGAGGGAUCCCGCACCACUCACUGCCGUGGCUUGACAGCGCUUUUCCCCACGAACCUGCGGCCCCGUGGCGGGGGCUGGGGGGUGUUAAUCAGGGGACAGACUGUGCAGCUCGCCCCCUGCCCGCUGCUCUCUUGAGAUCUGUGUUCCUCAGAGAUCAGCCUCCCAAAUUCUCGUUCAGAUCCCCAAACGUGCUGGGG